AAGCAAGAAUGCGAACAUCUUUCGGAUUGUCGUCGGAAAGUUCGAAAGGAUCCAGACACUCAAGUUGUACAUCGCUACCAUAAGCAAUCUGUAGAUUUAUCCAUAAUGAUAAAUAUGCGCCAAGCUAUAAAUACUCUGUGUAAUAUAAUGUGUGCCACUUGUCGUUCUUGUACCUGGUGUAAAGAAAGAAAAAUUAAGUGCCAAAAAGAUAAUGGUCCAACUUGCGAGGCUUGUAUCAAAAAGGGUCAAGAAUGUGUUACACCAGAAAGUAUUAAAAAAAGGGGACCUAAGCCUCGAUUGUUAGUAGCCACAGCUCGGUCAAAUGAGCCCUCUAAAAAGCAAAAGAAUGAGCAUCCUCAAAGUUUAACUCGUUUGAACGAAAAUUCUCUUGAUUCCCAAUAUUGUAAGAAAUCGAGUUCAAGAAAUGAUUCUCUUUUACAGAAGAGAUUGAUCGAAGAUGUGAUGAUUAACGGAGACAAGGGUGGAGAUUACGAAAGAGAAUUAUCUCAAACAACUCAGAAUAAGGAUGUUUCAUACGAUUGCUCAGAAUGUAAGAAUAACUUUAAGAAUUCUCGUUUAAAAUUAAAUAAGUUCCUUUUCUUAUUGAUAGCCCGUAACACAUCUACAGUUUUCCCACAACUAUCAGAGUCGAUCAUGAUUAACGGACCUAAACUUUACGUUACAACAUUCAUAGCAAUGUCGCAGAAUGACUUUAAACAAAUUCCGAAAAAUCAUUCUGCAUUCUUCCCGAAUCAGAAGCAGACAUCUCAAGCAUCUGAAGUCGUUCAAAAUGACUUAUUGAAAGACGGAGAGAAAGAACAUGAUGACAUUGUUCAGUAUUGGAAUAAUUCUUGGGCUGAAUAUCUCAAGGAAAUUGGGUUAUGA